CACACGCGGACAUUUCACACAUCACCCUCCAACUGGAAUAGAAAGCACUAACUGAGGUUGCUAUCGGAGAUACAUACUGGUUAAUAUUAUCUGAAACUUACUUUCCACAGAAUUUCCUGUUAUUUUAAACAGUACUUUCUCCGCUCUCCGAAAAAGUAAAGGUUGGCGCCUUUUUAGUUACAAAUCAGACUGAAUAACUCUUCCACCAAGACGAAUGUCUCCGAACAGGUGUCUUGUUGGAUGACAAACUACCCAUCUGCCUAGACAAGAGUUUGAGAAGAGCUACAUUUGAACUUGAAGAUCGGAUUUUAGAAAUAUAUGGAUGAUAUGAUUUUUUAAGAGGUUUUUAGACAGUGAAAUGAACAAACAACUACUUAUUUCAAGGUCACUGGAUUUCAUUUAAUGCUCUAAGUGAUCAUUCCGGGAGAGGUGAAUCAGGACUAUCAAAUAAAGGAGCUUUUCCAGGUACUAUCAGCACUGUCUCCUUCCCUGGAAUCAUCAUGGAUCGUCUGUAAACCUCAUUGUGCAGCAGGUAGUGGAACGAAUGCAGCAAACACACGCUUUUGCUCUUCAGUGAUGAAUGACAGCUCUCCAACAUCUGAGAACAUCAUGUUUCACCAGCUGACUGCAGAUGCUCUGAACGGCAGUUGUGACUACACCUUGCCCACGUGUAACAAUAGCACAGGUGAAGCGGCAUUGCAGCUGCCCACCUUUUCCAUGGCAGCGAAAGUGAGGGUGAUAAUUACCUUUACUCUUUGCGCAGUGUCAGCUGUGUGCAACCUCGCCGUGUUGUGGGCUGCCAGCACCAACAACAAGCGCAAAUCCCAUGUACGUAUUUUAAUCAUGAACCUCACCGUUGCCGACCUGCUGGUGACUUUCAUCGUGAUGCCAGUGGAUGCGGCUUGGAACAUUACGGUUCAGUGGUUGGCGGGGGAUCUGGCUUGCAGAUUGUUAAUGUUUCUGAAGCUCGUGGCUAUGUACUCCUGUGCGUUCGUGACUGUGGUCAUAAGCCUGGACAGGCAGUCGGCCAUUCUCAACCCUCUGGCCAUCAAUAAGGCUAAGAAGAAGAACAAAAUAAUGCUAAGCGUGGCCUGGGCGAUGAGUGUUGUGCUCUCUGUCCCUCAGAUGUUUCUCUUUCACAAUGUGACCAUCACGGUGCCAGCCAAUUUCACUCAGUGCACCACCCGAGGGAGCUUCGUCCAACACUGGCAGGAGACCAUUUACAAUAUGUUCACUUUCAUUUGCCUCUUCUUGAUACCUCUGGCCAUCAUGAUCUGCUGCUACACGAGGAUCUUGGUGGAGAUCUCCCGAAGGAUGACCAAAGGAAACAUAUCUUCAAAGGAAGUCCACUUAAGGCGUUCCAACAGCAACAUCCCAAAGGCCCGUAUGAGGACUUUGAAAAUGAGCAUAGUCAUUGUGACGUCUUUCAUAGUUUGUUGGACGCCGUACUACCUGCUGGGUCUCUGGUACUGGUUCCUUCCUGAGGAUUUAGAAGAGACAGUUUCUCACUCACUGACUCACAUACUGUUUAUUUUUGGACUUUUUAAUGCAAUUCUGGAUCCCAUCACUUAUGGCCUCUUCACCAUCCAUUUCCGCAAAGGACUGAAGCGUUACUGUCGCAACGCGGCCGUACUCACAGAGUCAGAAAAUAACUCAAUCCUGACGGGCUCAUUGAAAUGCUCACCAUCUCCGUUUCGCAUGAAAAGAGUGACCCAGACGACUCCAGGAGCUGAUCCAGAAAAGAAUAUGGUGAGUGGUGAAGAUAAGAAGCCAGAGAGUAAAAACAAGGAAUAGAGGCAACUCUAUCAGUCCAUCCUUGAAAGUGUCAUUUGAUUAGAGAUACAGAUACAGAUAUGACAAGGCAGGCCUUGUACUGGCUGUCUAGCUGCUCACAAGAACAAUGAGACAACAGCACAUACCUGCCUGUUCUCCUCAACAGCAUGAGACAGAUUCAAAUUGUCGCAUCUUUUGAUUCAUUCACUGAUGAGCUGCGUAAAUUACUCCGUUACAUUUAAUACCCAUCUAUUUUCCUGAUUCAGGUGAUUAAGUUUUGUAAUCAUUUGUGCUUUACUAAAUAUGCCAAUCACAUUUUUUUCUUCUGCAGAUUAAUUAGACCGUUGCUUCUUGUGGCUUUUGUUGAAAAUGUCAUUUACAUCAAGGGUUUUCUUUCUUUUUUUGCAUCUCAUACAAAUCUAAGUAGUUCAGCAUCUCCACCCGCUAUCACAAAGGGCAUUGCUCUUGAACUGCUUGUUUGUAAGGAAAUUGCUUUCAUCUACAAACAAAUAAGAUGUGUGGCGUUUUGAGAUAUUACAAAUGCAAAUUAAUGUACAUUGAUUCUUGAAUAAUUUUCUGGUGUUAAUUGGAAACGUUCAAUCGUACCUUUUCAGGAAUCUUAACCCAGCCUCUUUAGAUGGUAUCGUUUAAUGUGUAGACUUUUUAUUGAAUAGAUUCAGAAUCACUAACCAGCCUCAAGAGUUCCUGCAUUUGAAGUCAAUACUAUUACAGGGCAGCCUGAUCUUAUAAGAAUCCAUAUUUAUUCAUCUGAAGUAUUCAGCAGGGCCCUGAAUUAGAGGAAGGGGUCCCCCUCAUUCUGUUCGCGAUUGCCCUUUGAGGAAGGGGGGCUGCCCUUGGUCUGUUCGAAACGGGGCCCCCUAAAGCACGGGGCCAGUUGCACCCCCCUAAGGACGGCUCUUUAUGUGGCGUUUACGCAUACAUUUUUGUAUGUUUGCAUACAAUAUAGACUGUAAUGUGCAAUAUGGAUGUAUUGACAGCAUCUACAAUCUAAAAGUAUUUACAUAUGCACAGCAUUUUAAAUGUAAAAAUCCUUCUGAAUUCUUUAUGUAUAGUUUUAUAAAUAUGGAGCCAGAUCAGCCUCAAAAAUAAUACAUUUACAAAACAAAAUUGAUAAAUGUACAGCACAAUUCACGAUUCGUAAAAAUUUGUACACAAGUAAAAGCAUAAAUAUUUCCCCAAAUGCUCACACAAAUGCAUCUUACCUAAAUAAAUGUAAAAUGUUUACACAAAUAUGUAUAUAUCAAGUUCUUGAAUUCAUUUCCAUCACACAUUUAUCAAUGAUGUUACAUGUAUUUAUGAAUUGUUGAAUCUGCAUUUGCAAAUCCUCACACAUGCGUGGACUGCUUUGAAUUUGUGUGCGGUAUUUUUGAGACCUUCCUGACAGGUUAAGAUUUAUAAAUAUCUUUUUUUGGAGGAUGUUCUGUUUAGCCAAUCACGGUGAGCUUUUAAUCCACCAGUCAAAACGCUCCUUACUGAACAGACUCAAGAAGCUCAACGCUGCACUUGUACUGUGCAUUGUUCCAAGAUCCAUGUCCUUUAUGUAAAGAUUUUAAUGGGUACUCUUUUUUUAGCACCUGAUUACAAUUUCUACAAAAUCACAUUAUGAUUUAUAUCGUUCGCACAAAACAUAGCAACCCAGUUAGCCUGCUGUCUUAUACACCAAAGUUGCACGUACCCUGUUAAUUCAGAUCAAUCUGUAAUGUUAUUAAAUAAGUGUUAAAUGUCCAGAUAUUUCAGAUGUCCAGUGUGACAAAUGUCCAGAUACUAACCCUUCUAAAAGGUUAGUUCACCCAAAAAUGAAAUUUCUGUCAUUAAUUACACACCGUCAUGUCGUUUCAAACCUGUAAGACCUUCGUUCAACUUCGAAACACAACUUAAUAUAUUUUUGAUGAAAUCAGGUUUCUGAAUCACACAUAAGCAACAAUGUCAUUGCACCUUUUGAAGUCCUGAAAGAUAUUAAAGACAUCGUUAAAAUAGUCCAUGUGACUGCAGUGGUUCAACCUUAACGUUAUGAAGCGACAAGAAUAAUUUUGAGGUCUGGAAAAUAAUUUCUGGACCUUAAAAGGUGCAAUGACGUUGCUGCCUGUAUGUGGUUCAGAAAUCCUUAGAUUUCAUCAAAAAUAUCUUAAUUUGUGUUCUGAAGAUGAACGAAGGUCUUUGGGACGGGUUUGGGACGACAUGAGGGUGAGUAAUUAAUGACAGAAAUUUCAUUUUUGGGUGAACUAACCAUUUAAACAGUAAUGUAUAUUUGAAACAUCCUUCAAAGUCCUUUGAAAUGAGUCUGUUCAUACAUAUAAUGCUUAAAUUUUAGAUGCUGUCAAUACUUUAAUAACGUAUGCUUCAGUGUCUAAUGUACAAAAAUAUAGAACCACGCUUUACAUACAAAUACCGGCGAAUGUUUAUGAAGAAAAGGUUGCACUGUGACCAACACAUACUGUCACGUCCCUUACAGUUGCAACUAUUUAGCUUUAAAAUGAGAUUUGAUUGAUGCAUGAGUAGGUCAUGAAUGUGUUUACAUCAUACUUCUCAGGGAAGGUGCUUCUUUUGUCACAGGGUAUUGAAGUCCAACUGGAGACUGACAAACUGUAAAGCUUUCUUUUAUUUAAAUGUCAGGUAAAUACUGUCAUCUCUGUUGAUGUGACGUUAUGUGUUCUGACAGUGCUUGAAUCAUGCGUAAUAAUCAAUAUGUUUGAAAGCGUAUUUCUGAAAAAGUCACGUGACAUCCUCUAGCUGUGCUUCUUGUGUUUGCCGUGUCACUGCAGGGUGCAUGUAGGCCUUAAUGACCCAGAUUUUCAACCUCAGUAAAUGUAAUAGCCCUGCGAGAAAAUGUACUGGAGAAGGAAAAUGAAAGGGGAGUGAGCCUUUUCUGUCAAUCUGUCAUAAGUGAAGUGAAGAUCUAUACACUUGCACGUAUGUACAUACUAGUACAUUGCCAUUAAGUGAACCACAGCUGCACUUUCAUAUUCCAUAAAAAAAGGAAACAUUUGGUACACAUUGAGUCUUGGAUAAACAGUGCCUGGUGCGUUUAAAAUGUAUUUAGGCAUUGUCUGCCUAAUUUACUCAUUCUUGUUAUAUCCAUUAUAUAUAUUUGCCUAAGAGAGGGAUUAAGAGAUUACAUGGACAAAAUGCAUUAUUGAAUGAUGUGAGUAUGAUAUGGUAUUUAUAUGAGCUGUUGACAUUAAUCUAAAGAAGAGGUUACAGUGUUAAAUCCUUAUUUAAAUGCAUGACGCCAACAAUGUGUUUUUGAGAAAAAGAAGAAAGAAUAAGCUGUUAUUUCUUUUGUUGUGCAUGAUAUAUGAUGAUAUUGUAAUGUGUGUCAUUAUGUUGUCUGUUUUGGUUUAUGUGGAGCAGUAAUAAACAUAUUGCUUUCAUUUACAA